AUGUUGCCCAGCUGGGUUCUGGUCGUGUUGGUGGUCUGUGGUGUGGUCAGGGUGACUUUCUCAGAGCCUCAGAAAAUAUCAGCUGAACAAUGCAGAGUGUUGCUGCAGCAGCUGACAACCCGAGUGGAGAAACUGGAGAAAGCGCGUGAGGACAGAGGUAAAUCUCAGGUGGCGUUCUCGGCCUCCCUCGUCACCGCUGAACAGGAAACCCAUCACGGGCCUUUUGACAAUGACACCGCGCUGGUGUUCAAGAGGGUGACGACAAACAUCGGCAACGCUUACAACCCAGACACAGGCGUCUUCACAGCCCCAGUGAAGGGACUCUACUACGUCCGGUUCACCGGGGCAGUUGGAAACUCGGGGACCCUGAACGCAGCACUGCUAAAGAACGGGGAGAACAUGUUCGCAAUCUACGACUCCAGGGGCCCCCACGGCAGCAGCUCCAACAGCAUGGCGCUGGUCCUGGAGGAGGGGGACCGGCUCUGGGUCGUCCUCUGGCCUCGGCGGAGCAUCUUCGAUCGGACUCAGCUCAGCACCUUCAGCGGCUUCCUCGUCUUCCCCAUGUGAGGGAGACGAAGCUCCUGCAGCUGCCAUGGAGACGGUGGAGAAGAUCCAGAUCAAGGUCCUGAACCCAAACACAGACCUAGAUCUUCUAGUUUCUUUACAAAACAUCCAGGAUCACAGGUAGAACCUGAGAGGAGUCAGUCAGGGAGCAAGAUGCAGUUUGAGAUUGUUUUAAUAUCAAAAAUGUGAAAAGUAAUUUCCACUUCAGUGGGACUUUAAGAUGUUUCAUGACAAAACAUUAAAGAUGAAUUGAUCCCCAGUUUGUUUUGAAAAGCUGAGCAGGAAAUAAAGGUUUAAGGUCUGUGGUUA